AUGACCAGUUUGAAGCGACCGGAGUCACAAUCGUCCGCAUCGUCGGCGACGCAAUCGUCUUCUACUGACAUGCCAACUGGGCCACCACUGACAAUAGAAUGCCCGCCUGGAUUCUUCCUGAUCGAAGACAAGUGCCUCAAAGUUCUGUUCGCUGGACAAAAAGGUUGCCUAUCUGAUGAACAAUGCUCUACCAGAGAGCCGAAUGCCACAUGCGACAGCGGCUAUUGUGUGUGUCCUGCAGCGAAACCGCUGGUACAUGGUGGCAAGUGUGUCGCUAGCUGUCCGGAAGGUUUUGCGAAUAUUGCUGGAAGAUGCUAUGACCCGACGACGGUAAUCUUCAUGGACUCCGUAGAUGAGAGGACAAACGGAACAAUCGGUGGUUACUGCUUGGAUACAUUAGUUGAGGAAAAGCGAUGUGUUGUGGAGAACAGUUACUGUAGUGAAAAAACAGUAACAUGUCAAUGUAAGGUCGGCUACACUCUGAAUAUGGAUUUCAACAACAAGGAUGACAAAGGAACCUGCCGACAAGAUGAAUCCUCGAAAUUCAUCAAGCCGCCCGUACAAGAGCAAAUGCCAGCGAUUGAUGACGAACUCUACUUUGUUGACAUUGGAUCUAAUGCGUCUGACGCUGGCGAAUCGGAGUCCAAUUCAACGCUACAAGAUGACAUUGACGUGAAUAAGUAUCUAUUCCAAACGGAUGAGCUCAUCACGCUUUUAGCAUGA